AAUAAAACAUAACAUAAGGCGUCUGCAUUGAAGCAGAAGAAACCAGAGAGCAAACUGACAGCAGCUGACAUAUCAUGCUUUGGUUAAAGAGUACGCGUGAUUUGCAAACAAAUUGAAUGACAAAUUCUUUCCCUUAUGUCUUGUUGAAAUUGACUUCUGAGCGUCUUGUCUCAAAAUGGUUGAAUUGCACCGUCGCUGUUGUAUCUGAUGUCUGAAGUAACCGUGUGAAGCAGGCCUAUAAAAUGUGGCCUCUCAUUGUUAUGUGGGAUGCUGGUGCCAGUUCAAUUGUGUUUCAAGUGUCAGGUGUUAUAAUAGCAUUUACCCUUAGUGUAAGCCUGGUACGCUUCCUCACUCGAGAUGAUCAUGUCCCCAUCAGAGAUGCUUCAAAGAGACACAAUUGGCAAACUACUUCAAUGUUGAACAGGGUCAGUUAUUGCAAUAUCUGUGAAGUUUUGCUAGCCCAAGGUGAAGGGGUUUUUUGUGACUGCUGCGGUGUGAGUGCUCACGUCAGCUGUGUUACAAUAGCUGACCGCUCUUUAAAAUGUAAAGUAGUUCAUUGCAAUGACAAUAGCCCGUUUAAGCACCAUUGGAUCAAAGGAAACCUGUGCCUGGGAGCUGUGUGUGAUGUAUGCGAAGAAGAAGCAGGUGGGGGGUGUGGUCUUAUUGACUUUUCAUGUUGCUGGUGUCAUCGGAGUGUCCAUUCAUCUUGUCUACCAAGCUUAGGCGAUGUGUGUGACUUUGGGCGGUUUAGAAGUUUAAUUGUACCACCCAACUGUAUUGAAGUAGAAACUCGACGCAGCAGCAUCAGAAGGAAACUACGCCUUCGCACAGUGAAGUCUUCGGGAUGGUUGCAGUGGACACCUCUUAUAGUGAUGGCUAAUUGUCGAUCAGGGAGCAAUGAUGGUGCUCAAGUUCUCGCUACAUUCCGUCGAGUUUUAAAUCCUGCACAGUGUGUCGACCUUGCAGAGAGACCCCCUGAGGUUGCCCUCGAGUGGUGCCAAUUUUUACAACAAGCUGGAGCAAAACCAAUUAUUCUUGUAGCUGGAGGUGAUGGGACCGUUGGCUGGGUUCUGAAUGCAGUUUUCAGUCUUCAUAUUGAGCCUGCUCCACCGGUUGCUGUUAUCCCCCUUGGAACAGGAAAUGAUUUGUCAAGAGUGCUGGGAUGGGGCAAGGAAUUCUGUCCUGAAUUGCAGCCAGAAGAAGUAAUGAAAAAAGUUAUGGAGGCACAAAUUGUGAAGUUAGAUAGAUGGGAAGUGGCUACAAAAUGGGCAAAUCACCUUAGUCACCUUGGUCGGAUCAAGAAGCGGUUGAUGUAUAAUUACAUGAGUGUUGGUGUUGAUGCCCAAGUGACUCUUGAUUUCCACAGAACAAGAGAAUCUGCAUUCUACAUUAUCAGCAGUCGAAUUUUCAACAAGAUGCUCUAUUUGUUGUUUGGUACUCAACAAGUGAUAGAGAAGGGAUGCCGAAAUCUGGAGGAGAGAUUAGAAUUAUUUAUGGAUGGCAAACGGAUAGAACUGCCAGAAAUUGAAUCCAUUGUGAUUCUGAAUAUCCCAUCGUGGGGAGCGGGCUGUCGUUUAUGGGAUAUGUUGAAUCCAGAUGAAGUAGGAGAGCAAAGUAUUUGUGAUGGAAAAUUGGAGGUUCUAGCCCUUUACUCUAGCUUCCAUAUGGCUCAACUACAAGUUGGACUAUCUACCCCUCACCAUAUUGGACAAGCAAGCAACCUGACCAUUCGUUUCAAAGACAGUUUGCCUGUUCAGGUUGAUGGUGAACCCUGGCUACAAAGACCUUGCACUAUUUCCAUCAACAGAGAUGGACAAGCAACUUUACUGAGUCAAUGUGAAGAAAAAUGAUCUUGCCAAAGAUUUUUUAAAGUGUAAAUUGUAGUUGUAUGACAUUUUCUGUGUGAUUUUAGAAAUGUGUUUCUCUUUCACUAAAACAUCAGGCACACAAUUUUGUGCCCAGUAUUUUUCACUGUUACUGAAAAGGGGCUAAUGGGACAUAUUUUGGAGACAUUCCUGUAAGUUUGUUUUUAAUUUUUUUUUAUAUAUUUUUUUUUUUUUUUGUAGGGGGUGCAAUGCGAUGUGAUAAUGAUGGGCUGUGGGUUGCUUUGCUUAUUGGUAGCACUUUAACAGUUUACUUUACUUUUCUGUACUCGGAACAGAAUUCUAAAUGUAUUUAUUGACGUUAGUGUAAGCUCUGCAUUUUCAGUGUAUAGUGCUUCAAUGUCGCUAUUCCUCCCAUUUCUAAAUCAUCCUGAAUUCAGGUAAGAUGCUGCAAACUGUCUUUCAUUAGUAGACAUUCAUUCUUAACAAAGUUACCUUUGUCAUUAUUUCCAAUGAGUUUAUGGAGAUGUCACUUUUCUCCAUCUUUUUGUUGUUCUAAUGGCAAAACCAGAUGAACUGUGAUUUACUAAAAAUACCUCAUUCCUCAAAGACCAUCUCAGCAUUCUAUUUUAUUUUAGAGGACUUAUUCUGAACAGAGGGAAUAAAAAUAGAAGUGUUUAUCAAAUAUUUAUUUUGUUGUAUUUAUUAGGGGAAAAUCAAUUGUUUUUGUGAUAUACUUUUACCUCCAUAGUGGCUUUUGCAUAAGAUAAUUUUCACAUUAUUUAUUUCCUGUGAAAUUUUAUUCGGGACCAGGUGUCACUGCCUGAUUCAGUUUAUCUUUUUCAAUCUUUAAAAGCUAAACAUGCACAGUCCUAUAGCAGAAGAUUGACAUUCAUUAAAAGGUCUGUAAAGUUUAGAAAGGUAAAUAACUUUUACCCACAACUUAUAAACUCCAAAGAUAUUUUUGUUUUUAGAAAUUGUUGUUGACAUUAUUAACUUGAGUUCCAUUUGUCUAGUAAUGAAAGCAACAUCCUUGAGGGUGUUUAGUUAUAAUGAACAAAUUGUUUAUAAGUGUUGCACUGUGACAGAUCGAUCAGUAUUGUUUUUUUUUUUGCCCUAUUUAUUUAUUUAUUUAUUUAUUUUCUGUUUGCAUUUGGUUUCACUACAGCUUGAAAUCUUUGCCAUCAUCUCGAACAUUGCACUUGUUGCUUUGUUGUUAUAUUGUAAAGCCAUGUUACAAUAGUUAUCAUUUUAAAAGUCUUGUGUACCUCACUAAUUGCUAGCUGCUUCAAAUAAAGUCUCUUAAAAUGAA